UACUAUAAAUACCCCUGAUUUUUUCCCUUGAUAUGCAACUCAUUCUAUUCUUUUGUGUUGUUUUCUCUAGUCUCCUGUUUUUCCGUAGCCGGUACUUUUUUGUUUUUUUCGAAGAUGACUAUUCUCAUUGAGCAGCCUCGGCUAGAGGAGGGGAAGAACCAGGUUGAGAGCAAUGAAUUGGUUGGCUUCAAUGCGCCGGAUAUCAAUGCGUUUGGUCAAUCUUUUAGGGCAUAUGAUGCUGAAAGUGAGAGACAGAAGUCUGUGGAGGAGUUCUACAGAGUGAACCAUAUUAACCAGACAUAUGACUUUGUGAAGAAGAUGAGGGAGGAGUACAUGAAACUGGACAAGAUGGAAAUGAGCAUAUGGGAAUGCUGUGAGCUUCUGAACAAUGUGGUGGAUGAUAGUGAUCCUGAUUUGGAUGAGCCGCAGAUCGAGCAUCUUCUGCAGACUGCUGAGGCUAUCAGGAAAGAUUACCCGGAUGAAGAUUGGUUGCACUUGACUGCUCUUAUCCAUGAUCUUGGAAAGGUUCUUCUUCUUCCUGGAUUCGGGGAACUUCCCCAAUGGGCUGUUGUCGGUGACAUAUUUCCUCUUGGUUGUGCUUUUGAUGAAUCGAUUGUUCACUACAAGCAUUUCAAGGACAACCCAGAUUACAACAAUCCUCUUUAUAACACUAAGAAUGGAGUUUACUCAGAAGGAUGUGGACUCGAAAAUGUGAUGGUUUCUUGGGGGCAUGAUGACUACAUGUACAUGGUGGCCAAGAAGAACGGAACUACUCUGCCCCCAGCUGGAUUAUUUGUCAUCCGGUUUCACUCUUUUUAUGCUUUGCAUCAUGGAGGAGCGUACAGACAUUUGAUGAACGAGGAGGAUGUUGAGAAUCUAAAAUGGCUGGAGAUUUUCAGCAAAUACGACCUGUAUAGUAAGAGCAAAGUUCGUGUUGAUGUUGAGAAAGUGAAGCCAUACUACAUGUCCCUGAUUGAAAAGUAUUUCCCUGCAAAGCUUAAAUGGUGAUCGCGUCAAUGGAGCCCUAGAUACAAAAAUAUUAAUCAAUAAAUGGCCGCGCUUGGCAGGAUUCAGGAAGAGAUGGGGUUGUAGUAUUUUUCUUGUAAUGUUUUUCUGCACAGUGUGCAUGGAUUUGUCAUCAAAUCCUUUCAAGUGUUAAAGAACCAAACAUGUGGUUUAAUGAAUAAAAUUUCAGUUCAUUUUUA